CAGGGCCUUACCGGCACAACGCCUACGGAGGUAGCCCGAGCGGCAACUGCGGGCGUGGCGCCGUGACCAUCCACUGUCUCCGCUGCCGGGAGGUCUGUAAGGGAGAGGUGGUUCGUGUGCAGAAUGUCCACUUCCAUGUCAAGUGCUUCACCUGCCAAGUGUGUGGCUGUGACCUGGCCCGUUCAGGCUUUUUCCAGAAGGGAAGAGAGUACAUCUGUACAGAGGACUACCAGCGCCUCUAUGGCACCAAGUGUGACAGCUGUGGAGACUUCAUCACAGGGGAGGUGGUCUCUGCGCUGGGGCGUACCUACCACCCCAAGUGUUUUGUCUGCAGCAUGUGCAGAAAGCCUUUCCCUAUCGGAGACAGGGUGACCUUCUGUGGGAAGAAGUGUGUCUGUCAGCAGUGCUCCCAUUCGCUAGUCAGCAACGCGCCGGUCAAGAUCCACGGACCCAGCCACUGUGCAGGCUGUAAGGAGGAGAUCAAACAUGGCCAGUCUCUCUUGGCCCUGGAGAAGCAGUGGCAUGUCAGCUGCUUCAAGUGUCAGACCUGUGGCACUGUGCUGACCGGGGAGUACAUCAGCAAGGAUGGUAUUCCAUACUGUGAGACUGACUACCACACCCAGUUUGGCAUCCAGUGUGUGACGUGUAACAGAUACAUCAGUGGCAGAGUGCUGGAG